AUGAUUGAUAUAAAGCAAAAUAUUACUGAUAAAAACUAUGAUAAAGUGUUGGAUACAUUAAACUCAUUGGAUAUAAGCGACACUGAUGUAGACACGUUCCGGCGAGAAGUCUCUAUUUUAAUAGAAAGUUUCUACGAUUGCCACGAUUUGGAGGCCGAACCCGCGAAUCGCAUUGCGAUCAAGUGCUUAAACUUGCUGAAGCGAGCCUGCGCCCGGGGAGAAUCGUUUCAAAAUGCCAUCGUUGCUCGUGUAGAAUUCCUGGAACGUGUUCGGGACAUUUUGGAGAACGAGAAUGGCACCAUACCGGAAAACGUUCGCACAAACUGCCUACAGCUGCUGGCCAAUCUCUGCGUACAGAACAUGUGCAACCAGGAACGUAUCAUUACGUUCAUGAAUACGUUCUUGCUCAAAAAUGUAUCCUCCAAUGGAGGGUACUCAAAUGCUUCGGCCAUGAUAUUGUACAACGGGUUUCUUUAUAAGGCUGUGAGCUUAAAUUUGCAGGAUAUUUUGAACCGCCUACUCGAAAACGUUGAAGCUAACCGUUUGGCACAAACCGAUGUGCCGGAAUUCGUGGCCAUAUUCUUGGAGUAUCUAAUCGUCGAAAGUAACGAGAUGGUGCGUGUGUUGGAAAAGAUUGAUGUCAGCAAAAAGUUGCUGCUUUAUCGAUAUCUCAUUGAGUACAUACGGCAGGAGGACCGGCGAGUUCACCCGAUCCAUCCGGAUGUGUUCAAACAUUUGCUCGCCGAGUUUAAGAAGAAGUCGGACAUGAUACUCAAAACCGAUAACGUGCAGCUCGAUGCCCAGGACACGGAGGAAGCGUUCACUCUGCUAGUUUUAAUUGCCGAUUCAUCGUGUGUGGAGCCGUAUGGAUCGUUUCUGCGUCACGACGGAGGGUUAUUUUUAAACCUGGGAUGCCUUUUGCGACAGAUGCAGCUACUCAGCAAAUCCGAGCUGAAGAACAUGUUCACGCCGGUGCAGAAGAUAGAAGAAAUUUUGAAAAUUAAGCAAGGAGAUAGUGAGUUGGACAUUGAGCCGAAAAUUUCCUACUCCUUGAGGUCUUCGGUUGUAAAAGCGUUAGCCAAUUUGGCGUACAAAUCAAAGAAAAAUCAAAAGCUUGCCCGUGAGAUGGAAAUUAUUGCAGCGAUUCUGGAGUGCACCAAUCUAGACGCUCGUAAUCCACUGAUCAAGGAAUGGAGCAUUCUGGCGAUCCACAAUCUGUGUGAUGAUAAUGUGGAAAAUCAACAAUUCAUAGCGGGAUUGAAGAACCUGGGAGACGCAGAGAACUCGCUAAUCACGGAGUACAAAUCCGGAACGAUUCGGAUCAGCGAUGGAUCACUGUCAAACAGUGAGGAUACCAAAGGACGUUCGUCGUAG